AUGGCCGACGUGAGAAUGUCCGCCGACUUGAACCUCUACGGCCCCCUCUCCGGACCAACACCCACCACCGACGAGACCUGGCCGGGCUCCCUUCCUUUCUAUCUCGAUAACACCAUUCCCCAGGACUGUCUUUCUCUCCCUCUGUUCGAAGAUAACAAUCAAUGGCUGCUCAAUUCCUUCGAGCCGCCCGUGUCCUGGGCCACUGGACCCGCUCUCCGAACCAACUCCACCGCUAGCUCGGACGCCAGCUUCAUUGCUCCCUGCCAGACCGUACACAAUCCUACCAAUGACUACGAGCAGAAAUGCUCUCCGAUGCAGGCCACCUUUCCUUUAGUACCGGCACAAAUGCCUCCAGCUCCUAUGCACGAAAUCACUUCGCGGGGUAGCAUAACGAGCGUCAGCAGCGGUGGCAGCGCCGACAACAAUCAAUCCCGGUUCAGUAUUUCCAGCUACAGCAGCAGUAAUGAGAGCCCGGUAUACAGUCGUCGGGGGAGCUCCAAUCGACCACCUUCCCCGGGAUUUGAAGUGAACGAGCGCGAACGACGCAAACGGGAGCGGUUCCUUGAGCGCAAUCGCGUGGCUGCCAACAAAUGCCGCAAGAAGAAGAAGGAGCAUGCCAAGCAGCUCGAGAGUCGUUGCGAGACGGUCUCGCGGGAGAACACGCUCCUGGAAAGUCAAGUGGAUCACUUGCGGGGCGAAAUCUUGAACCUAAAGAAUGAGCUGCUGCGGCACUCCCACUGCGGGGAUGAGAGGAUUAAAGACCAUUUGGCGAAGAUGGUGAAGCAGCUUUCUGAUAAAGCUGGUACGACAACUCAGAGUCCCGAGGAGAAGAAAGUGUCUUUACCUCCGACAAAGAGUCCAAAACAGGAGCAGGAGCAAGAGAUGACAAUGGAUCUUGAGGAUUUGGUACAGCUCCCGGCUGCUGGGGACGGUUCAGCAACAGAGGGGCAAAAAGAUACGGAGUGA